UCAUGAGCAGCCAGAGUGAGGGCUGGCUAAAGUUAGCAUUAGCGUUAGCCACAUCAUGUUUGUACUGCAGCCACAGCUGGACGUGAUAACACUUUAUGAUUAUUAUCAUAAGUGUGCUUCAGGCUGUUUUCAACUAGUGUAAACACGGGCACUGGACUUUCCUGUCCCGGGACAUAAACUCGAUAAAAGGGAUAAAACCGACAAGCCGGACUCCAGGCCGCAGAUGGAGCCGGGGACCUCGCGUGAAACUCCGACCGCCGCGGGGGUCCCCAACCCGGCCUGUCUGCGGGAGGAGACCCCGGGGGAAGAAGCGAAGGGCGGAGCGGGGAGCACCGGAAUGCUGCAGCGGAGAGGAGUGAAAGGAGACACCGAGGAGGAGGCGAAAGAGCAGGAGGAGGGAGAUGAAGAUGCGUGGAGCCGGAAUAGAACCGGAGGGGAGGAAGAGGAUGCUGCAAAAUAUGAGGAGGAGCUGGACCCAAGAAUACAGGAGGAGCUGGAGCACCUGAACCAGGCCAGCGAUGAGAUCAACAAGCUGGAGCUGCAGCUGGAUGAAGCCCGGUCCAGCUACAGGAGGAUUCUGACUGACUCUGCCAGAAAGCUGAAUGGUCAGGGCUCGCAGCUCGGCGCCUGCAUCGAGAAAGCGAGGCCGUACUACGAAGCCCGCAGACUGGCCAAAGAAGCGCAGCAGGAGACGCAGAAGGCGGCUCUGAGGUAUGAGCGAGCGGUGUCCAUGCACACUGCAGCCAGAGAGAUGGUGUAUGUAGCAGAGCAGGGUCUGUUAGCAGACAGGAACACCAUGGACCCGACAUGGCAGGAGAUGCUCAACCACGCCACCGCCAAGGUGAACGAGGCGGAGGAGGAGCGUCUCCGCAGCGAACGGGAGCACCAGCGGGUCACUCAGCUCUGUCAGGACGCCGAGGCUCGAGUCCAGACUCUGCAGAAAACCCUGAAGAAAGUCAUCCUCAAAUCCAAACCCUACUUCGAACUCAAGGCUCAGUUUAACCACAUCCUGGAGGAACACAAGGCCAAAGUGGUGCAGCUGGAGGAGCAGGUGUCGAAGGUGAAGACGCGUUACUCUGUGGCUCUGAGGAACCUGGAGCAGAUCAGUGAGCAGAUCCACGCUCAGAGGGGGCGGGUCAUGGCCAGCAGGGGGCGCCCUGCCGCCUGCGGGGGGCGGAGCUCCCCUGUAGGAGCCGAGGCUGAGGUCAGAGCGGCGAGCGCUGUGCAGGUCGGCAGCUGUGUGGGCGGGGUCGGAGGGAUAGAGAGCGACUGGGCGGACGGAGAGAAAACUCGGCUGUGGGUGGAGCGUCACAGGGAGAGCGGGUGGGGCCAGAGGGAGCGUCAGGAGGUGGAGCAUGCAGGGUCGGACUGCAUGUCGGUCAUCAGCCUGCAGACCAUCGCCUCCGACCUGGAGAAGUGUGACUCUGUGGAGCACCUGGGGGAGCUGAGCGACGGAGGGAGCGCGCUUGGGGAGGAGCGCGAGAGGAAGCAUGGCGAGAGACCGCUAAGCAUUGUGGUGGUGAGGGAGGAGCGUCAGAGGGAGGACACGCCCCCACAGCAGAACGAGAAGAAUGAGGAGUUACAGGAGGGAGGGGUCGGCAAGGAGAGGCAGGAGAGCUUCACCAAGCAGCACCACAGGAGAGUGAGUCUAUGAGAGGAGGAGGAGGAGGAGGACAGUGAUGGACA